AUAAACCACCCUUGCGUCACACCGACGCGCCCGAUGACGAAGUGAUCCACAUCAUCAUCUCCCAACUCUCUCAUCAGGACCACAGGGAGGAGAUGCGCGCAACUUUGCUGCUCUUCCGCGCAGUUGACACUCCGAAGUGGGGAAAAGCGUCGAUUAGUUAAGUGUUUGGAGUUGCGCAUCCUCUAUGUCGCGAAAGCAGACGGACCAUGACUACAACCUGCGGAGUAUGAGCAACCUAAUGGGCGAGCGCUGGAGGAAAACCAAUGACGGAGGAGAGCGGAGUCUCAUCAAGACUCCGUCCAACGCCAGCGUCAACAGCCUGCAGGUGGCCGCGUCCUCCGCCUCUUCCUCCGGCGGCGCCCCGGUGGCCUCCGCCACCUCCACCGGGGAUUUGGAGCGGGCUGCGCGCAAGCAGUUCAUGCAGGAUGUCACGCCGGGUUUCGUCUACGUCCUGUCCGCCUUCUCCGCCUUGGGGGGGUUCUUGUUCGGCUACGAUACCGGGGUUAUCUCCGGGGCCAUGCUGCUGCUCAAAAGGCAGAUGGAGCUGAGCGCCUUGUGGCAGGAAGUGCUCAUCUCAAGUACUGUGGCCGCGGCCGCCGUCGCCGCCCUACUCGGCGCCUUCCUAAACGGGCUUUUCGGGCGUCGGGUGUGCAUCCUGAUCGCCAGCUUCUUCUUCACCGUCGGCGGCAUCGUGCUCGGCACCGCGCCGGGCAAAGAGGUGCUCCUGACGGGGAGGGUUGUCGUAGGAGUGGGGCUCGGCAUCGCGUCGAUGACGGUGCCAGUGUACAUCGCCGAGGCGUCGCCGCCGCACCUCCGCGGUCAGCUGGUGACGGUGAACACCCUCUUCAUCACCGGCGGGCAGUUCACCGCCAGCCUCGUGGAUGGCGCCUUCAGCUACCUGCAGCGUGACGGAUGGAGGUACAUGCUGGGCCUAUCGGUGCUGCCCGCCAUGGUCCAGUUUGUCGGGUUUCUAUUCCUGCCCGAGAGCCCUCGCUGGCUUAUCCAGCGGGGUCUGACGCAGAAAGCCCGCCGUGUGCUCAGCCAGAUACGAGGCAACCAGAACAUUGACGAGGAGUACGACAGCAUUAAGAACAGCAUCGAGGAGGAGGAGAAGGACGGCGGAGGAGAUGGUCCAGUGAUCUGGCGCAUGCUUACUUACCCCCCCACGCGGCGAGCACUCCUGGUGGGCUGCGGCCUCCAGAUGUUCCAGCAGCUCUCCGGAAUCAACACAGUAAUGUACUACAGCGCCACUAUUCUGCAGAUGUCAGGCGUGCGAGAUGACCGGCUAGCCAUUUGGUUGGCGGGACUGACCACCCUCACCAACUUCCUGUUCACUCUCUUGGGAGUGUGGCUGGUCGAGCGAGUGGGUCGGCGGAAGCUUACCCUAGGCAGCAUCGUAGGCACAUGUCUGGGCUUGUGUCUGUUAGCCGUGGGCUUUCUGUUAUCGGCCCAGCACAGUCCCGCUGUCACCUUACACCCACUGAACCCCUCCAUUGCCAACUCUACCUGCCUCAAUUAUCAGCUGUGCGAGCCGUGCAUGCUGGACCCCGCCUGUGGUUUCUGCUACCGGGACAACGGCUCGGUGCUGCUCACCUCCUCCUGCGUCCCGGUCAAUAGGGCCUCCACUGAGCAGGCGGCGUGGGGCAGGUGUUCUAAUUCCAGCCAGAUGAGAGAGCACACUUACUGGGCCUACAACUACUGCCCCACUUCCUUCUCCUGGCUCGUCUUGCUAGGAUUGAUGUUCUACCUGGCUGCUUUUGCACCAGGAAUGGGACCAAUGCCUUGGACCAUCAAUUCUGAGAUCUACCCGCUGUGGGCGAGGAGCACGGGUAACGCAUGUGCAGCAGGCGUCAACUGGACCUUCAACGUCCUGGUUUCGCUUACGUUCCUCCAUUUGGCACAGUAUUUCACCUAUUAUGGGGCAUUCUUCCUCUACUCUGGCAUGGCUUUCCUGGGCUUCAUCUUCAUCUAUGGCUGUCUACCGGAGACCAAAUCUCGCCGGCUGGAGGAGAUCGAAGCUCUCUUCGAAAACCGUCUGUGCUCUUGCGGCGCAUCAGAUUCUGACGAGGCUCGGCAGGUGGAAUACAUCCGGGUCAAAGGGUCUAACUACCAUCUAUCGGACAACGACGCGUCGGAUGUAGAUUAAAUAUAUGCCUGUUAUGUUGAGGUGAGAUCAUCCGAUUGACCUUGUGAAUGUUUUGUCAGCUCGUCCUUUGAAUCGACGCCAAAUUUGGAGACAAAUCUCAAGAUGCGAACCACAAAUAUGUCAAGUGAGGACAUCGUAAGACAGUGCGUCUUCUUCAUGGACACAAAUAAUGGUCACAAAGCCCAUAUAAGUAUUGAUCAUUUCACUUUGGCAUCCACUAAACGUGGCAUGUAUGAAAACAUUUCCAUUCAAGCUUUGUAACACAGCAGACUUUUAGUUUAUUUAUGGUAGCUCACAGCUUUUAUUUUUACAGAAAUGCAAAGAGAGUGGGCAGCUGAAAACGGCAAAACUAGUAGCACUGAACAUGCUGCAUAUUUCCCAAAUGUGAGAUUGUAAACAAAAAGUUAUUACAUACAGUUUAAAUGCAAAUUUAUCAGAGAACAAUGCAGUAAUGCUAGUGUGUGUACCACUUGAAAGAGCUUAUAGAACUGUACUAAAAAUUCUCCAUUUUCAUUCAUUUAUAUUCACAUGCAUUCAUCCUAUAUUAGGAAUUUGGUUUUGGUGUUUCACUUCAUUUCCAAGCACAGUAUUACAUCUGGCAAGCUAAUUGUUGUGCCUGUGUUUUGUGGCGGUGCCUCUUGGUCGUUUUCAAUCCAAAAAUUGUGUGAGAUCCUCAUUUUUUUUUCUUUAACUACUGUUUUGGCUUUAUUUUUUGGUCUUCCACUACAGCCUUAUGUACAAAUAGAUCAAAUUCAUGUUAUUCUUGUGUCACAAAGGUAGAAUUUGACUAGUAUGUAUGCCGAAGGUGUGACAAUUCACUAGUUUCUCUGGUAAAAAUAGUUAAGAUUGUACACUUGCAAUCACAAAAAGUUAUUAGGUUUAAAUGCAAAUUCAACAAACACGCAAAGUUUUUAAAUAUUUAAUUAUCUCGCGUAAAACUAGAGGGCGCUAACUUAACUGUAUUAAACAUUCUCCAUAUUCAUUCCAUUCAUGGAAAUAUUGUCAUAUUUGUACUUUGUAGUUGGAGAGCUACCAUCAACAUGUGUAACGUGGUUUUAAAAAAAAAAAAAAAAAUUUUGUACUUCUACAGGUUCACAUUCCAUUUCCAGGCUUCGCGAUUGGUGACCAAAUAUUUUCAGUGAUUGCUUCACGCGGCACCGUCACAGUGUAUUGUGUUAGCCUUUUAGCAGUUGUGUUAACACUGUCCACUUGUUGAACGGUCGUGUAUACUGUAGUGUUUCACGUUACCCUGUGCGUUUCUACACUUUUCAACAGAGUAGAGAAAGACAGUGUGACUUGUCGUAUGUUUAAUGUCCGAGCUGUAAAAUGUUUGGCUAGAGUUUAUAUUCUAUUACAAAAAACAUCUUUUGAGUGUGUGGGAAUGAAAUAAAGAGUUGA